GAGGACCACUCAUUUGUCUGUCCCCCUUCGUCUCCCACUACUCAGCAUAUCUGCGAUGACCGACUCGACCCUGGGCGAUAUCCUCGCCGAUAGGAAGAGGACCAAAGCAAUGACAAGCCGAGUACUCUGGAAGCUUGACCUCCACGUAUUGCCGCCUUUGGCGUUGCUUUGGCUCGCUAACUUUAUAGAUAGGACGAAUGUCGGGAACGCCCGUAUCGCUGGUCUUGAGAGAGAUACUCACCUCAGAGGCAACCAGUUCAAUAUCUGUCUGGCCAUAUUCUAUGUCUCAUACAUUCUCAUCGAACUACCCUCCAACCUCGUUUUGAAAAAGAUGAAACCCAGUCGCUGGCUUCCUUUCCUGGUUGGAUUGUGGGGCACUGUUACUACUUUGAGCGGACUGGUUCAGAACUAUUCAGGCCUUCUCGCCAUUCGAUUCUUUUUGGGCCUGUGCGAAGGUGGACUGCUCCCUGGUAUUAUGCUCUAUCUUAGCACCAUAUACAAGCGGCACGAACUCCAGCAACGUGUUGGCAUAUUCUAUGCUUCGGCCUCUCUCUCUGGUGCAUUUGGAGGUCUCUUGGCGACUGCUAUCAUCAAAAUGGACGGAGUUGGGGGACUGGCAGGCUGGCGAUGGAUCUUCAUUCUGGAAGGGAUCGCGACCGUGCUGAUUGCACUCGUUUCUUCAAUCUUCCUUCCGGCUGACAUCUCAUCAGCCAAAUUUUUUACCGAAGAAGAACGAGCAUUCGCAUUGCAUCGCUUCCGCCUAGAUGAAUCCAUUGGUGCAAGCGUGCCAUUGUCAGAACCUGCUCAGCGAAUCACGGAGGUCCCUGGCGAUGUGGAGAAGGAAGGCGACACCAAGAUCGAGGUCCAUCAAACACAGGCAACUGCCAUCCACCAGGAACACGAGGCUUUCGAGUGGAGAGAAGUUAUUCGAGGAAUUCGGGAUAUCCAAGUUUGGCUAACUGCUUUCAGUUACAUGGGUAUCAUUAUUAGCUUGUACUCGUUUUCUUUGUUUCUACCAACAAUUGUGGCAGGGCUUGGCUACGAGGGCGGGGCGGCUCAGUUACACACAGUACCGCCUUACGUUCCCGCCGUUGUUCUCACCGUUGUAGUGUCUAUCGCGGGCGACAAGCUCAAAUGGAGAGGCCCUUUCAUCCUCAUUUUCUUGCCCAUCAGUAUGAUUGGUUACAUCAUUGCUAUUGUGGCUAAGAACAACACUACUCGAUAUGCUGCCGUGUUCCUGAUAGCGGCGGGAAUAUAUCCCUGCGGACCGUGCAUUCUUUCAAUCCUGCCAAACAACGUCUCUCCUCAUUAUAAACGUGCUACGGCAACUGCGUUGCAGCUGGCAAUUGCAAACUGUGGUGGCUUCAUUGCAACGUUUACUUAUACCUCAGAUCAAGCACCUGCGUACAAACGUGGCCAUUCAAUAACUCUCGCCUUCGUCGCAAUGGCGUGGGUUUUCAUGGCCCUCAACGUCGCGUACUGUGCUUGGGAAAACAGAGCCCGUGCCAGUGGGCGCCGGGAAGGCAACCUUGAGAACUACCAAGAGCUCUGGGACAGUGGCAAGACUCGCGCACCUAUUGGGGAUCGUCACCCCGACUUCCGCUUCACCGUUUGACAAUCUGACGUUACAAAGACCUUCAGCUUCAUGACAGGGUGGAAUACACGUAAAAUUAUCUAACUUGUACAAUAGGACACAUGGAGAGUCACAGAAAUGCAUCAAGAUCGCUGAUGUGAAGUUGUGAUAAUACAUCUGGACCAGUUCUGGUAUAGUUACAAAUGUGCAAUGAAGUGAUAGGGCUAGCCAAGAGUGAGUCGGGAGAGUGUCAUCGCAGGUCGUACAUGAAUCGUAAGAUGAAAGCAUAGAUAGCACGAGAACAACACCAAAUCAAACAUAGAAUCUAUAAUCCCUCC